CCUCGGGAACCGCAGAGCGCGCGCGCCAUGGGGCCGCCGCCCGGGGCCGGGGUCUUGUGCCGCGGCGGCUGCGGCUUUUCCCGAUUGCUGGCGUGGUGCUUCCUGCUGGCGCUGAGCCCCCAUGCCCCCGGCUCCCGGGGAGCCGAGGCAGUGUGGACCGCGUACCUCAACGUGUCCUGGCGGGUUCCGCACACCGGAGUGAACCGCACAGUGUGGGAGCUGAGCGAGGAGGGCGUGUACGGCCAGGAUUCGCCGCUCGAGCCUGUGGCUGGGAUCCCGGUGCCGCCCGACGGGCCGGGGGCGCUCAACGCCUACCCGCACACGAAUUUCACGGUGCCCACGGUCCCAGGGGACUGGGGAAGCACCGUGCAGGUCUCUUGGUUGGCCCUCAUCCAGCGCGGCGGGGGCUGCACCUUCGCCGACAAGGUCCAUCUGGCUUACGAGAGAGGGGCGUCUGGAGCCGUCAUCUUUAACUUCCCGGGGACCCGCAAUGAGGUCAUCCCCAUGUCUCACCCGGGUGCAGGAGACAUUGUUGCAAUCAUGAUUGGCAAUCUGAAAGGCACAAAAAUUCUACCAUCUAUUCAAAGAGGCAUACAAGUAACAAUGGUCAUCGAAGUAGAAAAACAUGGCCCUUGGGUGAAUCACUAUUCAAUUUUCUUCGUUCCUGUGUCCUUUUUUAUUAUUACGGCAGCAACUGUGGGCUAUUUUAUCUUUUAUUCUGCUCGAAGAUUACGGAAUGCAAGAGCUCAAAGCAGGAAACAGAGACAAUUAAAGGCAGCUGCUAAAAAAGCUAUUGGGAGGCUUCAACUACGUACACUGAAACAAGGAGACAAGGAAAUUGGCCCUGAUGGAGAUAGUUGUGCUGUGUGUAUUGAACUGUAUAAACCAAAUGAUUUGGUGCGCAUCUUAACCUGCAACCAUAUUUUCCAUAAGACAUGGGUUGACCCAUGGCUGUUAGAACACAGGACUUGCCCCAUGUGCAAAUGUGACAUACUCAAAGCUUUGGGAAUUGAGGUGGAUGUUGAAGAUGGAUCAGUGUCUUUACAAGUCCCUGUUUCCAAUGAAACAUCAAAUAGUGCCUCUCCUCAUGAAGAGGAUAAUCGCAGUGAGACUGCAUCGUCUGGCUAUGCUUCUGUUCAGGGAGCAGAUGAACCACCUUUAGAAGAACAUGUGCAGUCAGCAAAUGAAAAUCUCCAGCUGGUAAACCAUGAGGCAAGUUCCAUGGCAGUGGAUGGUGUUCCUCAUGUUGACAACCCAACCUUUGAAGAAGAUGAAACUCCUGAUCAAGAGACUGCUGUUCGAGAAAUUAAAUCAUAAAAUCUGUGUCAAUAGAAAACUUGAAACUUUAGUAAUAACAGAACUGCCAAUCAGGGCUAGUUUACUAUUAAUGAACUGGAUAAACUUAAUUAAAUAAGAAUGAUACUGAAAGUGCUGAGAUGACUACUAUAAUGCUAUAGUUAAAUUACUUAAAA